AUGGAUGCAGACUCGGCUCGUCGACAAGCCGCAGAGAUUGAAGCUUUGCAGGCAAUCUAUGCUGAAGAUGGAGAGUUUGAGCUGCUCCAAGAACCGCAGGAAGGAGAAGCUGCAGGGGCAUCCUUCAGAGUACGUUGUCCGAAUCCCCUCGGUGAUGUCCGGGUCAACUUGCCAGCGACAUACCCUGCACAAGGCCGUCCAGGCUUCGUCUUGGAGAGGCUGCGUGGUCCUGCUGCAGCGGCUGUGCAACUAGGCCUAGAAGCACUCGCAAAUGAACAUGCAGCAGAGGAGUGCAUCUUCGAUGUGCUGACAAGAGCAGUCGAGGUUGCAGAGUCGGCGGGGCUGGGUUUGCCGGAUGAGGCGCCAGUCCCCGCAGCAAAGAGCAUCAAUGUCGAAGAGGCAGCCUGGGUGACUGAGUUUGCCGACGGCACGAUGUUGCGACUUAGCGUUCGUUCAGGACCGAAGGUGAAGAAAUCGCAGAUUACGAACAAGUCCGAGCUCCGCCGGGUCGCGAACGCUGAGAGCGUCUGUGUCGAUCUCGCCCCAUCGCGAAACACCGAGAACUAUGAACUGGCAGCACUUCUGUCCAACAGCCUCCAAAUCAAGGCAGACGACGUGGAGUUCGUGGCUGGUGGCAGGAAGGAGAAAGCAAGUGGAGACCGAACAGCGCACAUCCGCGGCAUUGCAAAGCAGGAUCUGAUGGACCGACUGUUGUCCUGA